AUGAAAUAAUUAGAUCAAAGAAUCACAGCCUUAGAAUAAUUAAUUGGCGACGGCGAUCUUGUAAUCACAGAUACCAUUUAUAAUCAAAUCCAACAAAUAAGGGAGAUUGCUCGACAAUAAAAUCUGAGCUCCAAAUGUAUUAUCCUCAUCCAUAUUAUCAAUAGUGUUUAAAAUGGCUUCGUUAAUUUACAACUACGAUCUAAACUAUUGCUAUUCAGCUUUGCCACCUCAAAGUAAGAUAUAAUUGAUCAUGCAAUCUGAGAAAUAAUUGCAAGAGGCUUCAUAAAAUUUGAUUAAAAUUAUUAAAUACAGAAAAUUUGUGGACUUUGAGCCAAUUAUUGGGUUAUAGGAGAAAAUUAAUCAGAUCUUACUGCUUUAGACAGCUUCCAAAUUGUCAUUAAAAGAUGAAUAAAUCGUUGUUAAUCAAAAUAACAGUGCCAUGUUGAUGGAUGACUUUAAUCGAUACCAAUAAUAAUUGGAGACCUUGGUCUUAAUUAAUUAUGAGUUGAAUUAAUAACUUGAAUGA